AUGGAUUCGAUGGACACGGCUACGGAAACCUUGAAGACAGCGCUGUCGGCUCCGCUCCCCGAUUCUGACGAAGAGAGCUCCACCGCGGCUCAGCCACGCGGACGAAGCGGGAAAAAUAAGAGGAGGGCAACAGCCGCGACGUCCGCUGUUCGAAGCUCUCUGAAUGAGAAGAGGGAAAAGGAAGAUUUCGCCCCUGACGCCGAUGGCUUCGUCCCGGCCCGGAGAACUGCAAGACGCAUGCAGUCAUCGACGACGCGUCCAACUGCCGUCGCCAACUCAUUCGACGCGCUCGCUGACGCGCCGGAACACCUGCUACGCGAUCCUGCGCAGAAGAAAGACUCACAACUUCCGCCGGUGGUCCUCCAGUAUCGGCCGCCCUAUGGGGAACUGCAGAUGGUGUUGCGCAGCUGGACAACGGCCGUGUACACCUUGAAGCCUGCAGGGCGUGACCUGUACGGGGUCACACUCUGCAGUGCUGACGAUUAUCGCCGGGUCGCUCAGGAGGCGUCUGAGCGUGCAUCAGGGGCGCCCUCCGCCGUCCCGACAGCGUCGGCCGCUCCUGCUCCCGCCGCAUCCGAGGCCGUGCCGACGCCUGAGGUCCCUGCGCCUCCUCCACAGCCGCUAGUGGUGGAACCGGGAACUGCCUCUCCUCUGGCGUCGACCGGGCUUCGCCCCGCCAACCGCCGGCGCGGGGGUCGCCGCCCUGUGGGUACCCAGCGCUCGGCACCGUCAGUCGAGCAGCCCCAGGUGGACUCUCACAGCGAAGCAGCCGCGCCUCCCCCUUCCAGCGACGGGGCCGCGCCUGCUGCCUCCACCGCUGACCUGGCCAGCCUCGUCGCGCAGCUCACUGCCCUGGUGACCAGUGCCACGAAGUUGAUCGCAGUCCUGUCGCAGCAACUCACCGCUGCAGUGCCGACGGCCGCCCCGGCUCCCGACCGCUGUCGAGCCUCACCAGCUGCACUGUGGCAAGCGUUAGAGGGCUCACGGUCGUCGCGUGGACUGCCGACGGCGUCCGCACCCGAGCCGGCGAACUUCGCCAAUUUCUUCGAGACGAAGCCGUCGACGUCUUCCUUAUCAACGAAACCCACCUGA